AUGUCAUCACCGUCCAAACAACGCUAUAAAAAGCAAACGUGGUGCAAGCGAUUGUUACAUAAGAGGCUGCCAAUCACAAAAUGGCUGCCUGAAUAUAAUUCCGAAAAGGCACUCGCUGACUUCAUAGCUGGUGUGACAGUGGGGUUAACUGUGAUACCACAAGCUCUGGCAUAUGCGACCCUCGCCGGCCUUCCCCCACAGUACGGCCUCUACUCGUCGUUUAUGGGAUGUUUUGUAUAUAUUUUAUUUGGUUCAUGCAAAGAUAUAACUCUGGGACCAACAGCGCUCCUGGCGCUCAUGACAUAUGAACAAAUACAGGGUAGAAACUUCGACUACGCUGUGCUUCUGUGUUUCCUAACAGGAGUUGUACAGCUGGCUAUGGGAAUAUUGCAUUUAGGUGUUCUAAUAGAUUUCAUAUCAGUCCCAGUGACGGUAGGUUUCACUUCAGCAACGUCAGUUAUAAUAGCUGUGUCACAACUCAAAGGACUUUUGGGACUACAAUUUAAGUCGAGAGGAUUUUUAGACACAUUGAAGAAGGUAUUUCAAAACUUACCGAAUGCGAAAUUAGCUGAUAGUACGUUAGGUGUAUCGUGCAUAGUUAUACUUUUAUUAAUGAGGAAAAUGAAAGAUUUAAAUUUAGGCCAAGAGCGAAAAGGUUUGAAGAAAGCUUUAUGGCUAUUAUCAACUUCGCGGAACGCUAUCAUCGUGCUCCUUUGCUCUUUAAUGGCUUUCGCAUGGGAAAAGUAUUCAGAAUCACCGUUCAAACUCACUGGCACCGUCAAAGAGGGUUUGCCGCUAUGGUCCAUGCCACCGUUUGCUACAUCAUACGGGGGUACAAACGUUACCUUUAUUGAUAUGUGCUCGGAUCUCGGCUCGUCGAUAAUACUGGUACCCAUUAUAGGAGUACUUGGAAACGUCGCUAUAGCUAAAGCAUUCGCCAGCGGUGAAUCAGUAGACGCUACGCAGGAACUCAUAACCCUCUCACUAUCCAAUAUACUCGGUUCAUUUGUGAGCGCGAUGCCAAUAACCGGCUCGUUUUCACGAAGCGCUGUGAACCAUGCUAGUGGAGUUUGUACACAAUUUGGCAGUGUUUAUACAGGUAUUUUAGUUCUUCUAGCACUGAGUCUUCUGACGCCAUAUUUCUAUUUUAUUCCGAAAGCAUCUCUCGCCGCCGUAGUGAUAUGUGCUGUGGUUUUCAUGAUUGAGUACGAGGUUGUAAAGCCUAUGUGGCGCUCCCGCCGGGCGGAUCUCGUGCCAGCAUUCGCUACGUUCGCUGUGUGUUUGGUUGUUGGUGUUGAAAUCGGUAUAGUUGCUGGAGUACUAUUGAAUGUGUUACUACUGUUAUACCCCAGUGCUAGACCGCAGAUGGAAGCGGAAAUUGUUGCGAACUCGUCCGGAUCCAACUAUUUACUGAUAACAGUUGGUAAUAGUCUUUACUUCCCCGGCGUUGAAUAUAUAAGACAGUACGUGAGCCGCGCUGCGAAGAAGCAGGGUGGAUGUAGCAUGCCUGUUGUCAUCGACUGCAGAUAUGUACUUGGUGCAGAUUUUACCGCCGCUAAGGGUAUCUGUGCGUUGUCAAAUUCAUUAGCAUCACGUGGUCAGCCGUUAGUACUGUUAGCGCCAAGAAAAUGUGUCGCAGAUGUCUUUAUAGGCGCCGGCUCAAGUGUUGUCGUGGUGAUGACGGCCAAUGAAUUGGAUGAUACAUUACAAGAUUUAACAAAUCAAAUAGCCCUAAAGGACAUCAAUGGGAAAGAGAAAAGAAUAACCCCACCGCCUUCAUACAAUACUCUCAACCAAAUAAGUGACGAAGUUGAAGUCAUUAUAUCUGACAGUAAUAACCUACCAUUACUGAGCAACCGUCAUAAAACAGUCUCAGAAGAGGUCAAUGACACGUGA